GCAGAGGAGAUGAAAAGGGAGGGAUUUGGAGAUGGUGGAGAAGGCCUUGGGCCCCCAACCGCGCGCCGCCCAUCGCCGCGUGACGUCGGCGGAGAGCUUCUAAUGACGUGGAUGCCGCGGCCCUGUAGGGCUGAACGCUCCACCAAUGCUUUCCCCUUCUCCAAACAAGCAUACCAAGCUUUGCCCGGCUUUAUUUCGCGCAGACGGGUCCACCGUCUCGCCUGUUUUCUCGACCUCGGGUUGACAUCACUGGCUGGUCGGAACAGUCGGAUGGGGAAAAAUCCCUCGAGAACAAGGAAACCUUGUCCCCGCCCCAGCCAGUGGAUAUAAGUAGCCUCCUUUCCAUGGCUGAGGGAAAGGACUGUCCAGCUCUAAACCCAUCGCAACCAUGCAGCUACCCCUGUCCUCUCGUCAGCUCCUGCUGACCUUUGCGACCGUGGCCACCCUCGUCGGCCCCGGUCAAGGAGGUCCAGUGCCUAAUGAUGCCUACCAGCAAUUGCUGCGCAUUCCUGCCUCUUCUCCUUCAUAUUUCUUUCAAGAUAAACCAUUUACACCUGACCACCGCGACCCUUAUGAUCAUAAGGUCGAUUCGAUCGGGGAAGGCCAUGAGCCCUUGCCUUGGCGCAUGGGCGAUGGAGCCACCGUGAUGGGGCCACGCAAUAAGGACCGUGAGCGCCAGAACCCUGACAUGGUACGCCCUCCCAGUACCGACCAUGGCAACAUGGCCAACAUGCGAUGGAGCUUUGCCGACUCCCAUGUCCGCAUUGAGGAAGGUGGUUGGACACGCCAGACUACAGUGCGUGAGCUACCAACCAGCAAGGAGCUUGCAGGUGUCAACAUGCGUCUAGACGAGGGGGUUAUCCGGGAGUUACACUGGCACCGGGAAGCGGAGUGGGCGUAUGUGCUGGCUGGGCACGUGCGAGUGACUGGCCUGGACCUCGAGGGCGGCAGCUUCAUCGACGACCUGGAAGAGGGCGAUCUGUGGUACUUUCCCUCGGGCCAUCCGCAUUCCCUCCAGGGUCUUGGUCCCAACGGUACCGAGUUUCUGCUCAUCUUCGACGAUGGUGGCUUUUCCGAGGAGUCGACGUUCCUCUUGACAGACUGGAUGGCACACACUCCCAAGUCGGUCCUGGCGGAAAACUUCCGUAUGCGACCGCAGACCUUCAAAAACAUCCCGACAUCAGAGAAGUAUAUCUUCCAGGGCUCGGUUCCCGAGUCCAUCGCCAAAGAGCUACCCCGCAACUUCAAGGCCUCCAAGCAACGUUUCACGCACAAGAUGCUAGCGCAGGAGCCCGAGCACACGACUGGUGGUGACGUCCGCAUCACCGACUCGUCCAACUUUCCCAUCUCCAAGACUGUGGCAGCCGCUCAUCUGACCAUCCACCCCGGAGCCAUCCGGGAGAUGCACUGGCAUCCCAAUGCCGACGAGUGGUCCUACUUUAAGCGGGGUCGGGCGCGAGUGACCAUCUUUGCUGCUGAAGGCACUGCUCGUACCUUUGACUAUGUCGCGGGGGAUGUCGGCAUUGUGCCUCGGAAUAUGGGUCACUUCAUCGAGAACCUCAGCGACGACGAGGAGGUCGAGGUGCUGGAGAUCUUCCGGGCGGACCGGUUCCGCGACUUUUCUUUGUUCCAGUGGAUGGGCGAGACACCGCAGCGGAUGGUGGCGGAGCAUGUCUUUGCGGAUGAUCCGGAUGCGGCGCGAGAGUUUUUGAAGAGUGUCGAGGGGGCGCAGAAGGAUCCUAUUCGGAGUCCAUCGGAGUGAAGACUGCGCGAUAUCGAAUGUGGUUAUCUUGAAUGUGUUACUGAGCGCGCACCACGAACACUGGACGUGUCCUCAUGGACGCCGAGGAUCUCAAAAAGACUACGAUAAUUAAUCUCUGGUGCAAUGUGAAUUGACUUGCCAUUUUCUUCCUAUGAAGCAUCCAAACGGGGCCCGGAUAUCCAGAUUAGUGUAACCGAUAUCGACGUCAUGUGUCGAUCAGGCCGUUGUUAUCAGGCUAUGGCCAUCGCGGAUCGUUGCUCGUGGUUGGACAGCCGCGUGUUAGUAGUGGUCCUCAAAAAUCGGAACAAAAAUCUUGACCAGAACAAACUCUCCUCUGCAGCCACGUAGCCACAGCCACAUACCCUGUC